AUGGCAGAGGAACUCGAUAAGUAUUCUGCAUCGGUUUUCACAGUUGAAACUGCUACCAGCAAACCAGAACUUCAAGACAGUCUGGGGACAGAGGUUGGUUGGAAAUGUCAAAGCAGUAAGAUGCUGUUGAAACUUCAUAUGCACAACCCAGCUCAGCUCAGUAUUGAUGCCUUAUUCAUUUCUCACCCUGUGAAAUGUAUACCAAUGACAUAUUUACCAAUUAGUUUGUCACUGUGUUCCGUUGCCUUGGCCCUGAUGUGGGUUUCCAUGCUGUACCCCAGAGAUCUGGAAGCGUACCCUUUGCUGCCUCUGUCUGAACUUUUCGCCAAAGCUGUGCACAGGGCACAGCAUCUACAUCUCGUUGCCGCGGAAACCUGCAAGGAUUUUGAACGAAAAUAUAUCCCGGAAGAGCAGCGCCACUCUCACAAGAGUUCACCCUCUGCUUUCUGCCAGUCUGAAACCAUCCCAGCACCAACGGGCAAGGAGGAUGCCCAGCAACGAUCGGAUAAGGAGCUGUUACUGUACUCGCUGCUUCUCAUUCGGUCCUGGUUCGAUUCCGUUCAGAACAGUAGGGCUUUCCGAACCUCAGACAGGGUGUACGACAAAUUGCGGGACCUGGAAGAAGGUAUCUAUGCUCUGUUGAAGACUCUGGAAGAUGGAGGCUCUUCACAAGGUUUUGACUGGCUGACAUUUUUCUAUGACAGGUUUGAUGGAAACUUAAGUGAAGAAGCUUUGAUGAAAAACUAUGGUCUCCUGGCUUGUUUUAAGAAGGAUAUGCACAAAGUUGAAACCUACCUGAAAGUUAUGAAUUGCAAACGCUUUGCAGAGAGUAACUGUACUGUGUAGUGUAAGGUUAUAGUCAAAAUGAGUGAGGAAAACUCGAUAAAGACACUCAAAAUGUUACACAGAAUCUGUCUUAAAGUUGUUUAUUUUCCAAAAAAGUUAUGUCUAUAUAGUAUAUAUGUUAUAAUA